CCUCCUGAAUCGGUGCCUAAACAUGCAACAGGAGUCCUACCCUCGAACCCAUGGUUCUUGGUUAGGGAGGAACCUCAACUCUCUCGGGAGUUCGGGGAACGAGUCUCAAAUCAGCACUCUAGGAAAGCUGAGUCUCUAUGCCUCUGUCACGUGGGGAGGUGUGGAUUCCGAGGGAGAUGUGGCCUUUAAACAAGUAGCACAGGCUCCACCUCCUGCAAUGAGGCUUCCGGGAAUCCUGAGCAAGGCCGGCCGCCUGUGCUCAUCCCACCGGCACAUGAUGAAGUUUGCAGAUUUCUACGACGAAGCCCGUUGCAAACAGCUGGAAGAACAGAUCAACUAUGACCACCUGCAGAAACUGGAGCGGACGUUCCGAGAAGCAGAUGUGGACGGAGAAGGCCUUGACAUGGAACGGUUCCGUAAAGCAAUCAAGAAGAUCCUGGGAGAACUUUCUGAUGAAGAUGUGGAUGUCAUUUUCAUGAAGGUGGACGCCAACUGUGAUGGCUCUGUGGACUGGGAGGAGUACUUGAAUUACAUGCUCCGGGAAUAUCGUGGGAAGGACGACAUGCUGAAGAGCAAGUGGCUUCCAGAGUUCCAGACAAACAUGAAAAGCAUCUCGGUGUCCCACUCGGAGGACAUUGUCCGGAUCCAGUUUUUUCCGAGCCAGACUCGGGGCGUCAUGGACCACAGGGAGAGAUCGUGGAAAAGUAGCAGCCGGCCCCCCUCGGGACGAUUCCUGACCGUGAGCAGAGACGGCAUCUUGCAUUACUGGAGCGAUGCCUUUAAGAUGCUCCGGACAGUCUAUCUGGACCAGACGAAGCGACGUCACAGUUUGAAGCUCUGGGUGAUUGACAUGUUAUGCCUGCCCAACCUUAACCUCUUGGCGGUUUCCACCACAGACCAGGAUAUUGAGUUCUUUGACAUUGGAGGCAGCAAAUGUGACCGCCUGUUUUCCUUGGUCGAUCUGGAUGGAUGCGCCACUGCCAUGGACUACUGGACAGAUGGGUGCAAAGGGGUUUUCUGCGUUGGCGACUUGAAGGGCAACGUCCUGAUUUUCACCUCCACAGAUGUGGUCACCAACGGCCUCUUCAACAUCCGUGGCUACAUAGGGGGCUUAGGCAGAGUGCCCGUCCAUCUGCUGAUGAAGGGGAAGACCCUGCUGUACCGAAAUUUCACCGUAUCAGCUGUGCACGGAGACUGGUGUCAACAGGUGAUGUACAUUCCCCAGCUCAAUUUGGUUGCUUCCUGCACACCGGCUGAGAAAUCUGCCAUGGCGCUGACCUCUCUCCCCCUGCAUAACAUCGGGAAAAUCCAGUCGGCUUUGAUUGUCCUGCGGAAGGGGAUUCUGUGCUUUGAUUACUCUGCCGAAAUGAACAUUGUGGUGACUGGGGGCUACGAUCCCCUGAUCCGAAUCUGGAAUCCGUACGUCACCAACAGUCCCAUCACUCAGCUCAAGGGCCACUUGACAGCUGUCACUCACAUCAUGAUCAACGGGCAGAAGAAAACCAUCGUCAGCAUCUCAAAAGACAAGAAUAUUCGCGUCUGGGAUCUGCUGGAUCACUUCUGCCUGCAGUCGAUUCAUGGCCGGAACGUCCCUCUGGGCAACUGCCCCAUCUCUUCCGUCUACUAUCACCGGCAUCAGAAUAUCUUGAUCUGUGCUACUUACAAGAUUGGGUUGUUCUUUGGUGCUGAAUUCACCGAGACGGAAUUGAAGACCCAAGAACCUCUGCUGUGUUGUGCACUCUACAACAAGAUCUUCAAACAGGCAGUCAGCGGUUAUUACAACGGGAUGGUCACUGUUUGGGAUGUCAUGACAGGACAGAAGAUUAUGGAGUUCACCACCACCUCAGACCAAGCCCUGGAGAUGAGCGCCAUGAUCUUUGAUCCGCCAGAACGACGACUCAUCACCGCUCUGAAAAACGGGAUGAUCAAACUGUGGAACUUCAACAACGGGGCUUGCCUGAUGGAGAUUCCCAUUGAGGAGAAGACUGAGACCAACUGCAUCUUUUACAUGAACCACAGGAUUUUUAUCACAGAUUGGACCAAGAGAGUGACGUGGUACCGAGACUCCAAAGACGAGAACAACGUGAUUGAAUGCAAGCACUGGAAGUCCUACCACGCGGAGGACAUCAUCUCCAUGGAUGGGUACGCCAAUAAGCUCCUGGUCACUUCCUCCAGCAACGGAGACAUUGUCCUCUGGUACGUCAACUCUGGGCAAGCCUUCUGCCGCUUCAACGCCUCCGAGAGUCCCCUGCCGCUCGCUCCCAAACGGGAGUUCGCCAUGAGUGCAGAGCCCCCUCACCAGAGUGCUGAGGCCAAGAAGGUGGAGACCCAGCCAAGUGAGAAUGAGAAGAAGUACUGGGCCUAUCCAAGGUUACAGACCACCUCAACCUCAGCCCACCCUGUGCGGCCCACCAGCGCGAAAACCCUCGUCGCACCUUCUGGUCCCCCCAAGCGCCCCUCUUCAGCUGUGUUUGGAAGCCAGACCACGAAGCCCCAGGCAGCUUGGAGCUCCAAGGACAAAAUGAAGAGUAGCAACCUUCUCCAUGUCCCGGCCGUGGUGGAGAGCUCCUUGAGGAGGGAGAGCCUGUCAUGGCAAGAAGAGAUCAAGGCUUCCCAACGAUCCGUAGAGAAGGUCCUCUUCCUGAAGACUCGGGACCGAAAGCCCCACGUGGCCGUUUUGCUGACCAGUUGCAUGGACGGCUUCCUUUAUGCUUGGUCGGUGGAAAAUAAAGGAGGGAUGUUGGGCAAAUUCCGAGCUAGCCACACCAACGGCCGGGACUCCGUGGUCUGCACCAUGUCCACCGACGACAAAGAGUUGAUCCUCUUGACUGGAGAUUCCUUGGGUUACAUCAAGAUCUGGGACAUCAUGGAUUACUGCACAGGACCGGAAGUACAAGAUUCCAGAUUAGAUCUGGGUGAGGAAUUUCUACCCAAGAGGAACGCCUUCUGUGACUUAAUCCCAGAUUACUGCAGAAUUGCUUCAAGUUUUUCAGACGACAGAGCAAUCCAGCAGGAAUACGAAGGCUGGGUCACCAACCUGAUCCCUCCCGUCUGCCUGAGUUCUUGGCGGGGUCACCUAAAAAAUGUGAUCAGCCUCCGAUACGUGGAAAAGUUCAAAGCUGUCCUCACAGCCAGCCAAGACUGCACCAUUAAACUCUGGCUCUUGACCGGAAGACACAUGGGGACCUUCGGACAGUCGUUAUGGAAUCUGGGAAUAUCACACUUAAUUCCAGCAGAGGUCCCCGAGGAAAUCCGUCAUGUGGCAUCUCUACACACCCUCAAGGUUCUCAAUGAGGGCCGGCAACCUCACUGGGAGAGCACCCGCAAAAUUGUGAAGACCCUGAGCCAGCAGAGGAGACAGCAGUCCAUUCUGAUGGACUUGGUGAGUCCCAAGUCCUCCCUCAGCAUCGAGGCUGUGGAGAAGAUGCAGGACCUCAUCCAGAAAGAGACGUGGAUGACCCGGUAUAACGACGAGCAAAUCGAGGCUUCCUUUCAGAGAUGGGAGGAGUCUGGGAAGAAAAGCGACAUUCUGGGCCACGCCUACAAGCAGAAGUCCCGUCGGCCUUUGCUGAAGCAGCUUCCGGAGGUGAAGGCCUCGGUGGCCAACAAGGACCAGCCGCGGAUCUACCACUGUAUCCAGUACACGGACCUUCACCCGUUGAUCAGUCCUCAAAUCCCCGAUGUUUUGGCGGAAGCCCAACAGAUGCAGGCUUUGGCGGACAUCAAAGGUCUCCGGAAGGGAAAACGAUGGAUGGCCUUGACUGGCGUGAUGAAGCCCACUGUGAAGAACAUGAUGGUACGCAGGAACGCCCUCGUGGCCAAGGAGUGAUUCCCCCAACCCAAAUGUUCAGGAGCUCAAACUUGCAACUCUUUCCAGGCCCGAUCCGGUCCCGUCUCCAAAUCCCGGCGGAAGAUUUUUUGCAAAAGGGUUUUAAGCGGCCGAAGGUUGAAAAUAAAGAGAAGUAGUGAAAGUU